AUGAGAACUGCAACCACAAAGUUCGAAGCCCUUAAGGGUCAACGUCCUUCUUCAUUGUCCAUCAACAAAUAUUCCCAUUUGAUUCGCAAGCCUUCUUCAUCAUCUUCCACAUCUCAUCUUGCGUUGACCAAAGCCAUCAGCAAUAACCCCAUCAUCACCUACGCCGAAUCACCCAAGAUAAUUCACACCAAGCCUCGAGAUUUCAUGGCUCUGGUUCAAAGGCUAACUGGCAUGUCGAACUCCAAUGACCAUCUCGUGGAUGAUGCUGCGUCCUCUCAGAAUUCUGGGUCUCUUUCGAGUGAUGGGUCCAACAAGCGACAAGGGAAUGAUGAACAACAAGGGGAAGACGUUGGGGAUGGUCAAAGUUGUGUUAAGGAAGAGCCUUUUGCUCGUUCUAAUAUGGAUUUUUCGGAUUUCCCUAUUUUCACUCCAAAUUCUGUGUUUACAUAUGCAACAGGUUCGCCAUUUGGGUUUUUGGGUGCUUUGUUAUCACCUCCGGGAAUGGAAUUCAUGAAAGAAUUGCCUGAAUAUUAA